CAUCUCAAGGGGAUCAGAGCAGAUCGCACCACAAUUCCCCACACGAGAGGGGAGAGUGAGACAGGUUGAGAGAUCAGCAGCCGAGGCUGUGCACUAAAAAACUCCAGGCACCUGCAGAAGCUGGAAGAAUUCAAAGCAUUUGCAGAGUCUGCAUCCUCUCCAUCCUCCUCCUCUCCCUCCCUCCCCUGCUCACCCACCUCUCGUGGUCCAUUCCUGGUACCCUAUUUAAUUCCCUCUACUGCUGCAUCAUAUCUUGCAUUGACAGUACUUGAGCAGUUAUCCUUACAGGGGACUCCCUGCCCCCCAUUCCUUCUGAUUCUCCAGCUUGGUUGGAAUAUAAUCGUAUUCCUUUUGAUUUUUUUUUUCUUUUUUUUUUCCAUGCACUGCUUGUCUCCGCUCAGGAGAAGCUUGCAGACCUUGCUAAUCUCUCCCUGCUGGCUUGGAAGAAAAUAAACAGAUACACUCUCAUUAAAGAAAGAAGGAUCCUAUCUGGAGGAGAUUUACUGAUUCCAUCAUGCAUCACCCUGUAAUCCUUCUCCUGUGCCUCUCCAGUCUCGCUGGGGCUGCCAACCUACCUCCUGAAGACCUCAGCCAGCCAGUCACGGCAGAUGUGAUCGUCUCAACAGGAGGUACAGCAAUUCUCAAGUGUACAGUGCAGGAACACCAAGAGUCUUCACUUCAAUGGUCUAACACUGCCCAGCAGACUCUCUACUUUGGUGAGAAGAGAGCCUUACGGGACAACAGAAUCCAGCUGGUCCAUUCCAGCCCCAAUGAGCUGACCAUCAGUAUCAGUAAUGUGGUGUUGUCUGAUGAGGGCGAGUACACUUGCUCCAUCUUUACUAUGCCGGUGAGAACAGCCAAAGCUGUGGUUACAGUUCUAGGUGUGCCACAGAAACCACAGGUUUUUGGUUUUGAAUCACCACUUAAGGAGAAUGACAAGGCCAAACUGAGGUGCACAACAAGUGGAAGUAAGCCAGCUGCUAACAUAAAAUGGUAUAAGGGACCAGAGGAACUGGAUGGAGCACAGACCAGUGUAGUAGAAGAUGGUAAUGGCAAAACCUUCACAGUAGUGAGCUUUAUUGAGUUUGACGUGACAAAAGAAGAUGAUGAAGCUGAGAUCACCUGUGCUGUGGGCCAUGAAUCACUACAUGACUCAGCUAAAUCUUCCAGCCACAAGAUUCAAGUCCUGUACAAACCUACAGCAAAGAUUGAGUCCAGGCCCAACAUGCCAAGAGAGGGUGAUAAGCUGCGGCUGCAGUGCGAUGCCUACGGAAAUCCUGUGCCUGACAAUUACGUCUGGGAGAGGGAAAAUUCAGAGCUCCCUUUGUUAGCCAACAUUGAGGGAAACAGCUUGGUUUUCCUCAACCUAAACAAAAGCGACAGUGGCACCUACACCUGUAAAGCCUCCAACACAUUAGGAACUUUUAUCACCCACUACAAGCUUGACGUCAAUGAUGCCCCGGUAUCGCAUACAGACCCAAGCCCUAUCCCCUCCACAUCCAGCAUAGAUCAUGCUGUCAUCGGAGGAGUUGUAGCCGUGAUUGCCUUUCUCCUCUUCUGCUUGCUUAUUGUCCUUGGACGCUACUUGAUCAGACACAAAGGUACUUAUCUUACCCACGAGGCCAAGGGAUCUGAUGAUGCUCCUGAUGCUGAUACAGCCAUCAUCAACGCAGAGGGUGGACAAGGUGGAUCUGAUGAUAAGAAGGAAUAUUUCAUUUAAGCUCCGACCCUUAAUCCUGAAGAUAAGUCAAAGGCAAAGAGUGAUGACAUGUGAUACAAAAAAAAUGCACCUGCAGAACAAAUUCAAACCAACAUUAAGAAAAUCUGAUUCACAAGGAUAACUCUCUCUUACCAAGUCAAAGCAAGAUGGAGUCCAUGAAAAACAACAGAGUGCGUCAGAGAGGGAGAGCGAGAAAGAAAGAGAGAGACAGUGAACGCAUAGAUCAUGCUUCUUAAAAGAACUUGUAAAAAAGUUAUUACUAAAUACUUUUAAAACUAUAAAAAAAUUGCUUGCUUAAAUCUACAUAUCUUCGGUGAACGCACUAAUCUAACAAACAAAUAAUAAUCGUGAGUUAAGAUCUUUUUCUUUUUGUUUCUUUUCUUUUGAAAUGUGUAUAAAGUUUUAUUUUUUACUUUGGAAUGUUGAGAGGGAGGGGAAGGAUAUUAUUUAAACAUAUUUGCCGUUUUGGUUGCUAGGGUAAAUGAAACAGGUAGGGUAGAAGUUUGUUUUUUGUUUUCCUAAGAGUUUCUUUGGGUCCUGUCUAUACAGGGGCACCAGAAUUUUUUUUUUAGCAGAUAUUUAGACAGAUUUAAAAAGGAGUGUGGGUUAUCCAACUUACAUUAUGUAGGAUACAAUGGUAAUGGCCAUUUUUGGGUACGGCAGUGAGAUUACCAACUAAAGCAACCAUUGCCCAUCCAUCCCCUGGAAAAAUCCUUCCUCCUGUCAAGAGUGGUUGGUGACCAUAACUGAGUAUAGAGGAAGUUGGAAGAAAAAGUGUUAAUUAUAUAAUAUUUUACAUUAAAACUUUUCUGUAUCUCCUUGAAGUAUUCCCAUUAACAGGAUCCAAUCAGAGUGCUCUAUUGCAGGUAGCGGGUCAGGCGUGGAGACAUCUGGUUAUAGUGCAUAGGUCUAGUUGCCAACAUUCUUAGGGGUCUCGGUGCAGAAAGAUUGUAAAAAAAACUUACUGGGCAUUUUUAAUCAGACAAAUUCAAAUGCAGGGGCUUAUAUCAGCUUGGCAAGCAUAGGCCACCCGGUUAAAAUUUACAGCUUCAGCCAUAUGGAAAAGAUAAUGAUAUAAACCAAUAAAUCAAUGUAUUAUGCCAUACUCCGUAUGUACCAGGCUUGACAUAUAAAUCAUUUUGUUGCAUUGUGUCUCUUGCAUUGCCAAUAAUGUGUAAUCUUAGUCAUUUAAGUCAUAAAAAUACACCCACAAUGGUAUAUACAUAUUCUACCAUUUCAACAGACACCUACACAGGGAUAUCACAGGCUUAAUGUUGCAUCUAGCACACUCAGAACAUCCUUUAUUUAUUAAAAGGGUGACUGUGGUUCGUGAUGCUUUCAUUAAGUCUGCUCCAUCUGUAUAUAAACAAUUAUUGUAGAAGCCAAAACCUUUCAUGGACGACAACACAAUAACAUACAAUUGUUAAUUCAUACACAAUAUAUAAAGAUUGAGCAGGCUGUCUUGAUGUUUCUGCCCCCAUUCAAUGGGGCUGCUUCAAGUAAUCCAACUUAGCCAGCUCCAUCUGUAUGUAUUCUGCUGUAUGUACCGUAUAUAGUCACAACAAACCAUAUGUUUGCUAUAAGUGCCCUUCCAUCCCAUACUUUUCAAUGCUAUGGAUCACAUACCUCAAUGAAAACUCUUCCAGUCAUUUUCUACAUAGGAAAAUAACAAAUCAAACUAUUAAAGGGUUAUAAACAAAGACACCGACCUGGUGACUUUUAUUUAUUUAUUGUAUAUUUCUGUUUAGUGGUUUUCUCAUUGCGCCAAUGAGAAAAAAAUGGUUAUUUGUUGUAUCCUGUGCAGAAUUAAAGUGGCAGUAAUGCUUACUGACAAGGCCUCCUGUGUUCAAGAGCAACUUUAACCCAGUUAAAUAACCAAUUACCAAAAGCCAAAGGCAGUGUUGGACUGGGACACCAGGGGCCCACCCAAAAACCUUAGACCAGGGGCCCAGCAAAGAACCAUAGACCAGGGGCCCACUCUCAGUACUAUUAUAAUUCUUUUCCUCACUUAACCUCUAUCUUCCCAUUCUCUAUUCUUUACAUACUAUAAUCUAUUGUUCCAUCGAUUUAGCCUCUUUGUUCUCAAAGAAAUAGAUAAUGGCCAUGAAAAAGACCAAAUAUUUAGCAGCACAAGGGCCCCCUGACACCAUGGCCCAUCGGGAGUUUUCCUGGUAUCCCGGUGGGCCAGUCCAACACUGGCCAAAGGACAGAAACCUAUGGACAGUUGACCUAGCUACUGACAGUUUAGGAGAUAAAUCAACAUAGAUGCAGUCUGAAGAUAGAACUAGUAGAUCAAUAUGUUGGCUUCUUCAAAGCCAACAUAAUUAGUCUAAAGAAUAAAUUAAAGUAUUUAAUGGGGAAGUUAUGAGGAAUAUUAACCAAUAGACUAAGCCAACAUUUUAUUUAAAGUGCGCUCUUCCAUAUGAAAGCUACUUGUGUUUGAACAUUGCUGCCCAUAUUAACUCAGUCAACCUGGUGCUUCCCCAUAGAGGUUAAUAACAUGUUAUAACAUAACUAUAUAUAAUUAUAUAUAAAUAUAUGUACAUAGGUUGGGUUACAAGAGUAUUUGUGAAUUCUUUCACUGGUAGAGGGGGCCACUGAAAGGGUCAAUGUUGUAUUUAUGGUUGUUUCAAUGACUGUUUAAUGAAUGUAGUUCUUAAUAUGUUUGUUACUAUCUCCAUGUUUUACUUUUCACGCUCAUACCUUAGAAAGUUUUCUGGCCUGUCUGGGGAUGGAUGUGGUUGAUAUGUAAUAUAUUCUGUAUCACUUUAAGGAUACUGCAAACAAUGCCCUACACAUUGAGGUCUUCCUCUGCUUCAUUCGUCAUUAAAAAUACAAUGACUGGUUUGGUCUAGAGGCCAAAAAGCUGUCACAUCCCUCCAACCUUUCAUUUGGAAGCCAUAUUCCAUGGAGUUGUUUGUUCCAUAGCAUUCUGCCUUGUUUACCAUGGUUGGCCAACGGUCAAUGGCUAUAGGUGUCAUUUUUUAGUUCUUUAAACCACUAAAUGCAUCAUCCUUCUUGUGGAAGCCAUUUAUUUUGUUAAAUAAGGUCAUGCACAAAGUGGAAAUUAAGGUAAAAGAGAAGCACAGAUAAUAUAGUGGGGUGGUGAGUUGAACCUGGAAAUACAAGUCAACCUCACCAAGAUCACACAUCAGAUUCUUUCAAUGCUAUUAUGUUUGGACAUGUAGCAUUUGUCUUGGUUUAAAUUAUAAUUAUUUAAAUUCCCUUGAAUAUGUAAUUUCUUCCCCUUUUUUUUCCCCUUCAGGAAAAUUCAGGGUCUCCCUUUAAUCUAAAGGAGGGGCAAUGAUGAAACAGGAGUACGUAUUUAAGUAGGAUAUAUUUCUAUAGAGAAUCAUAUAGUUGGACAGAGGUUAUUUUUUGUGUAGGGUUCAAAACAAAGUUAUAUUUCCAAUUACAAUACAAGUGGGACCUGUGAUUAUUUUGUCGGAAUGAGUAAUAUUUGUGUACUAUGACUCAAUGUGUAUUUUAUAUAUCCAAAAAUGUCAGGUAUCUGAAAUAUCUGUAUCCAUUCCCGUCAUUUAUUUUGGAUUUCCCUACUCCCGCGACAAAUUGAGAAGAAUGGGACAGAACCAGAGGGAGGAUAAUUUAGAAGCAAUAAUUCUAGAUUGGCAACCAUGGUGUCAUGGGCAGAUGUUUUUGGGGCGUCCUUACUGCAAAACGAAUGUUUAAACGGCAACUUCAUUAAAGAUACUAAAGUA